AUGACCUUACUGCUCGACAAGUAUUAUGGUACAGGCUCCUUUCCUACUAUUGAAGGCCUUGAUAACUUCCGCGACGCCGGAGGUUUCCUAACCUCAUCUAAGAGACGGGUGCGGAAAGGCAUGAUCUUUCGAUCCGCCAACCCAAUGAGCGUUAACGAGUCCGAUUUCUCGAAGCUAGAUGAGGCCUACGGCAUCAAAGCAAUCUUCGACCUGAGACACAGCACAUUCGAUGAAUCAACACGCCGCAUACGCAUGGCUGGACCAAUCCCAGUGCACAUUGUUCCGGCAGUGAAGGCCUUCGAGGAUGGCUUCCUGCAUAGAUACUUCGAUCUUCUUAUGACGAAUCAUGUCGAUGCGUUGUCUGACCUAUACAUGUGUAUCCUUGGCUCAGCGACGGACGGGUUUCGCUUUAUCUUCGACUUCAUUCGCGAUAACCCGAAUACACCCUUUUUAAUUAAUUGUGAGCUGGGGAAGGAUCGCACCGGGGUCUUCAUCGCUGUCAUUCUUCUUGUUCUCAGGGUUUCGGAUGAAGAUAUCAUUGAGGACUUUGGUUUAUCCGAGAAAGGCAUAGGACAUCUUAUUCCCUCGAGGAAAGAGAAGCUGAGAAAUGUACUCUCGUCGAACAAUGUAUCCGCUCAUCCUGUUGCGCUGGAUAGGCAUUUUGCUACAGUCCGUGAUGCUAUGCGCGUAUUCCUAUUUCGAUUUAGGGCCAUAUAUGGCAGUGGGGAAAUCUUUCUUCAGAGUAUUGGGUUUACAGAAGAUGAUAUCAGUACUGUACGGGAGAACUUAAUGUUGCCGACAUGA